AAUCACAGUACUCUUCGCCACGAUCCGCUGCGGGAGGGGAGGAGGAGGGGGUGGAGGAAGAGUUGUUGGUCUGGCUUCACGCCUGAUGCAACCUCAAUUUAAAUGAGGCCCGGUGAAUGCCUGGAGCCUCUGAGCAUCUUUCCUGUCACCUGUCUCCUUGCGGUCAGACCUUGAGACCUCGCCGGGGCGACCAGCAUGGGCGCCGCUCUGCUCCUCUGGGGCUUGUUGGCUCUCCUCACGCCGGGCAUCUGCGGUCAAUGUCUCUCCCCACCAAGAUUAAAUUUUGCAAGACCAAAAUAUAACUCCAAAUCUGUAUUUGACAUUGGUUAUGCUUUGACUUUUGAAUGUCUCCCUGGAUACAUGUCAAAAAUAUUUAAAAUCACCUGCCUCAAGAACUCAACAUGGUCCAGUGUAGAUGACAACAUAUGUAAACGUAGAUCAUGUAGGACUCCUGCAGAGCUCCUCAAUGGGAAAGUGCAAAUAACAAAUGCCCAGUUUGGUUCAACAAUUAAAUAUUCUUGUGAUGACGGGUACCAACUUAUUGGCCACUCAUCCAAUCAGUGCAUCAUCUCAGAAAAUACUGUCAUUUGGGAGAAUGAAGCACCUCUGUGUGAAGUUAUUCGUUGUGAGCUACCUCCAGCCAUUCCCAAUGGAAGAUAUAAAAGCACUAAUGAAUAUUUUCACUAUGAUAUGGUAGUAUCCUAUGAAUGUAAUACUGGACCUAAAGGAGAAAAGCUAUAUGACCUGGUGGGUAAUAAAACAUUAUACUGUACUAGCAAAGACAAUAAAGUUGGAAUCUGGAAUAGUCCUCCACCUCAAUGUAUUACUCCAGUCAAGUGCCAGACCCCACUAAUUGCCAAUGGAAGAAAUGUGAGGAACUGGAGACAUACCUUCACAUUAAAUGAUGCUGUGGAAUUGGAGUGUAACCCUGGCUUUACUAUGAAGGGCAGCAAAGUAGUGCAAUGCCAGAGCAACAGCCAGUGGAAACCUGCAUUGCCAGUAUGUUUCAAAGGGUGUCUUCCACCUGAGAAGAUCUCCCAUGGUAACAUCAGCAGUACUAAAGACUCUUUUUCCUUUGGAGAUAUUGUAUCCUAUGUUUGUGAGCCUGGCUAUUUUCUCAAUGGAACUGCUUUGAUUAAGUGUAUAGAACCUGGGAAAUGGAACUCCAAAACUCCUAAGUGUGAAGUGAAAUCAUGUGAGAAUUUAUUGGAUCAACUUCCUAAUGGCCAUAUUAUUUCUCCUGGUCCACCAAGCCUUGGAUCAAAGGUUUCCUUUGUUUGUGAUGAAGGGUUCUGGUUAAAUGGCAGCUCUUCUAGUACAUGUGUCCUAAGUGGAAUGACAGUCUUGUGGAAUAAUAAGAUUCCUGUCUGUGAACGGAUCCUUUGUGAUUCCCCUCUUCCUAUCAGCAAUGGUAGACUUCCAGUCCUUCCAGUCCUUCCUGGGAAUAAAGUUCCCUAUGGGACUACAAUAAGAUAUAGCUGUUUCAAGUCAUUCCGUAUGAUUGGAACCAGAAAUACUAUUUGCACAAGUAAAAAUCAAGUGAGUGGAGUCUGGAGUGAACCUGCCCCUCGGUGUGAAACUUACAGUAAAACUACUCUUUGUCCUGAGCCAAAAGUCUUAGACAGACAUCUAAAGUUGAGGUCCCGACCUCCAUAUCGACAUGGUGACACCGUGAUAUUUGCCUGUGAUACCAACUUUACAUUAAAAGGCUACAGCACUCUCUGGUGCCAAGCAAAUAACAGAUGGGCACCAUCAUCAAUGCCGACAUGUGAGAGUGAUUUUUCAUUAGAAUGUCCUUCACCUCCCACAAUUCCUAAUGGUCAACCUAGAAAUGGCCACAGUGGUCCAGUUGCUCCUGGCUUGUCUGUCACUUAUAGCUGUGAACCUGGCUACAUUCUUGUUGGAGAAAGGACCAUUUGGUGUUUGUCUUCAGGAGUCUGGAAUACCACUGCUCCCAAGUGUAAAGAGGCACUGUGUGAUCCUUUGAUAAAAUUCCCCAAUGGGCAGGUAGAGGAACCUUCACAUCUACAGAUUGGGGCAGUCAUGACCUUUUCCUGUAAUAAGGGGAAAUUGGCAGUAUUCUCUGCUCCUCUCUUUAUAGAAGUGUUUUGUCCUCCGCCUCCUGUAAUUGAAAAUGGGAAGUACACAGGUGGCUCUACAGGUGAUGUUCCAUUUGGAACCAGAGUAAUUUAUGAAUGCAACGCUGAUCCAGAAAGAGAGCACAUGCCAGCCUCUCCUGAGAUCCCCAUGGGCAUCACACAGGCAGAAUGUGGACUUUUGGACCCUGGGACUCUAUCGCUAAUAGGAGAAGAGACCAUUCACUGUACUGCUGGAGGAGUCUGGAAGCCUUUUGUCCCUCUCUGUAAAGCAAUCCUGUGUCCUCCGCCUCCUGUAAUUGAAAAUGGGAAGUACACGGGUGGCUCUACAGGUGAUGUUCCAUUUGGAACCAGAGUAAUUUAUGAAUGCAAUGCUGAUCCAGAAAGAGGCAGGAAAUUCAACCUCAUUGGAGAGCGCACCCUCCAGUGCAUAAGUAACCAAGGGGGUACCGGGAAGUGGAGUGCAGCUGCCCCUCGGUGUGAGCUUUCUGCUUCCUCUCUACAGUGCCUGCCUCCCACAGUCCCAAAUGGCCACAAGAUAUCUGAACAGGGAGCCCCAUAUCUCUUAAAUGACACUGUGGUAUUUCACUGUGAUGCUGGCUUUAGCCUAAGGGGCAGCAGUCAGAUCCGUUGUAGCGCCAGUGGCACAUGGGAUCCUGAAGUGCCAACCUGUGAAAAGGCAUGCCAGCCCCCUCCUGAGAUCCCCCAUGGGCAUCACACAGGCAGGAAUGUGGGACUUUUGGACCCUGGGACGUCUGUAAACUACAGUUGUGAUCUCGGCUAUUCACUAAUAGGAGAAGAGACCAUUCACUGUACUGCUGGAGGAGUCUGGAAGCCUUUUGUCCCUCUCUGUAAAGCAAUCCUGUGUCCUCCGCCUCCUGUAAUUGAAAAUGGGAAGUACACGGGUGGCUCUACAGGUGACGUUCCAUUUGGAACCAGAGUAAUUUAUGAAUGCAAUGCUGAUCCAGAAAGAGGCAGGACAUUCAACCUCAUUGGAGAGCGCAUCCUCCAGUGCAUAAGUAACCAAGGGGACACCGGGAAGUGGAGUGCAGCUGCCCCUCGGUGCGAGCUUUCUGCUUCCUCUCUACAGUGCCUGCCUCCCACAGUCCCAAAUGGCCACAAGAUAUCUGAACAGGGAGCCCCAUAUCUCUUAAAUGACAUUGUGGUAUUUCACUGUGAUGCUGGCUUUAGCUUAAGGGGCAGCAGUCAGAUCCGUUGUAGCGCCAGUGGCACAUGGGAUCCUGAAGUGCCAAUCUGUGAAAAGGCAUGCCAGCCCCCUCCUGAGAUCCCCCAUGGGCAUCACACAGGCAGGAAUGUGGGACUUUUGGACCCUGGGACAUCUGUAAACUACAGUUGUGAUCUCGGCUAUUCGCUAAUAGGAGAAGAGACCAUUCACUGUACUGCUGGAGGAGUCUGGAAGCCUUUUGUCCCUCUCUGUAAAGCAAUCCUGUGUCCUCCGCCUCCUGUAAUUGAAAAUGGGAAGUACACGGGUGGCUCUACAGGUGAUGUUCCAUUUGGAACCAGAGUAAUUUAUGAAUGCAAUGCUGAUCCAGAAAGAGGCAGGAAAUUCAACCUCAUUGGAGAGCGCACCCUCCAGUGCAUAAGUAACCAAGGGGGUACCGGGAAGUGGAGUGCAGCUGCCCCUCGGUGUGAGCUUUCUGCUUCCUCUCUACAGUGCCUGCCUCCCACAGUCCCAAAUGGCCACAAGAUAUCUGAACAGGGAGCCCCAUAUCUCUUAAAUGACACUGUGGUAUUUCACUGUGAUGCUGGCUUUAGCCUAAGGGGCAGCAGUCAGAUCCGUUGUAGCGCCAGUGGCACAUGGGAUCCUGAAGUGCCAACCUGUGAAAAGGCAUGCCAGCCUCCUCCUGAGAUCCCCCAUGGGCAUCACACAGGCAGGAAUGUGGGACUUUUGGACCCUGGGACAUCUGUAAACUACAGUUGUGAUCUCGGCUAUUCACUAAUAGGAGAAGAGACCAUUCACUGUACUGCUGGAGGAGUCUGGAAGCCUUUUGUCCCUCUCUGUAAAGCAAUCCUGUGUCCUCCGCCUCCUGUAAUUGAAAAUGGGAAGUACACGGGUGGCUCUACAGGUCAUGUUCCAUUUGGAACCAGAGUAAUUUAUGAAUGCAAUGCUGAUCCAGAAAGAGGCAGGACAUUCAACCUCAUUGGAGAGCGCAUCCUUCAGUGCAUAAGUAACCAAGGGGGCACCGGGAAGUGGAGUGCAGCUGCCCCUCGGUGCGAGCUUUCUGCUUCCUCUCUACAGUGCCUGCCUCCCACAGUCCCAAAUGGCCACAAGAUAUCUGAACAGGGAGCCCCAUACCUCUUAAAUGACACUGUGGUAUUUCACUGUGAUGCUGGCUUUAGCCUAAGGGGCAGCAGUCAGAUCCGUUGUAGUGCCAGUGGCACAUGGGAUCCUGAAGUGCCAACCUGUGAAAAGGAGUGCCCACCACCUCCUCAGAUAUCCCAUGGUCAGCACACAGGUCAGGAGAGAGACCACUUUACUCCUGGCAUGUCUGUAAAUUAUACCUGUGAUCCUGGAUACUGGCUCCUAGGAAAUAAAUCAAUUUGCUGUAUGCCUUCAGGAGUUUGGAGUCUUUCGGCCCCGCAGUGUGAAGAAGCCUCAUGUGAACCCAUAGAAGAACAAUUGCAGUUACCCUCAGAUGGCAGUCCUGUGGUUCCAGUUAAUUCCUCUUGCCAUGAGGGGUACCAAUUAACUGGCCAUGUUUAUAAACUCUGUCGGAAUCCUGAAGCAGGGAAUAGGUUUUGGUUCCAAAAGAUUCCACUCUGUAAAGAAGUAAAUUGUCACCUCCCAGAAUUCAUAAUUGGUGCCCACAAUGUGUCAACUAAAAAAAUAUAUGAUUUUGGAGCUAUCUUUACUCUGAAGUGUGAUGAAGGAUAUAUGCUAGAAGGCAGUCCUCAGAGCCAGUGUCAAGAAGAUCAUAGAUGGGACCCUCCUUUGGCAGUCUGUAAAUCACUGAAUUAUUCUUCCCUUCUAGGCUCCCAAGGUCCUCUUGUUCUCGGUGGCAUUUCUUUGGGUACAGUAUUACUUAUUCUAUUUGCUGGUAUCGUGUUGGCAAUAAUAUCAAAAUAUAAAGAAGGCAAUUAUUAUACUAAUGAAAAUUGUAAAGAAGUAGCUAUCCAUUUAGAGGCACAAGCAGAUUACAAUAAUGAUACUUACAGCUUUGCAACUUAACCAGAAGACUAAUAGCAGUUGCCAUUGAAUGCUAUGAAACUGGAGAGUGAUCUGGAAAGGCAGCUUUAAUCUGGAUUUGGAAAAAAAAAACAACAACCUGCUUGUGAGACAUCAGACAACAUCUUAGAAUUGAUUUUACAGAGGUGCAACUUUUAUCAAAACAUGAAUUUUCAAGUGGAACAAAGCAAGGUUUCCUUUUUUGUUGGAGGGGUGUUUUUUUGUUUUUUGGUUGUUUUUUUUUUUUUUUUUUUAAGUUGGGCUAGCCAAAUUCUGACUUCCUUCUUUCAACCUGACCAUUCUGUUUGCUUUUGUUAUCAGCAUACUAUUAUUUGAACACUGAACUUGAGACAUGGUUUCAAUUAAAGAAAAAUGAUGAAACGUUUUUUCUAGGCAUAUUUGACUUUGAUCACUUAGAAGAAAGACUUACUUUUUAAAAAAAUUUGGAAGCUGCUUAAAACAGUUUUUUUCCAAUUAUAAAGAUAGCAUUUUGUUUUUUUUUCCCUCAGGUUAAUAUUAGUUUAGUAUCUACCUUGGGUUUCCCUAUUAUUCUGUGAUUCAUAAAAGUGAUAUCAAACAAUAAUUUAAUAAAAUUAUUAAGGGAAAUGUUAUUUAGGAAGAAUUUAGGAGGGAGAAGAUUUUGAUGCUCCUUUAUUUGUAUUUCAAAAAUUGUAGUUUCUUAUUUUUAAGAAGUACUUUAUGUGAACAAAUAAAAAUUAUUUCUAUAAAAAAAAA